GGGUCAUCCAUCCGUAGGGGCACCCAAAGUAAAUAUUGGCCCAUCCCAUCCGCACAAUAUCUAAAAAUCGUCGCGCCAGGCCGCCAAACCCUCGACCGCCGACCCAGCUAAUAGCCAGUGCGUAACGCAUUCGAUACAGAAGUUCUUACAAAAACCAUAAUUUUUCGUAUCUCUGGUUCCUCCCAACACGAAAUAUCCUAUGCCUCGAUGAACAAUGGUCACGAGAGCGUCACUGAGAGUCGACGUUUCUUCCCUCCGCCUCUCGAUAGAAGGCAGCUCUCCCCUGUUCUCCUAACGCCUGUAUUUUACGAUGCAGACCGUUCCGAGUCUCAUUGGAGCCGGUACUGCGGUUGCCGCCGCGGCAACGGGUCUGGCAUUUGGCGAACUGGCAGAUGAACCGCCUCUGCACCCAAACACAAGCAAGAGAAGGUCGCUAAUAGCGGAUCGAGACUUCCUAAGCGUUUUCUCAUCUCGACCCGGGACAACGAGUUCUGCCAUCCCCGCUACUUCCAAUAACGGCUUUACGCAAUACUCGACCCAACAACCCUCCCAACCGAGUACGACUAGCCGACCGCGAAACCCUCGAGACUCUUCACAUUCCCAGGUAAUACGUACCAAAUCUUUACUUUCGAGGCACCCGUCUACUAGACAGGGCGAAUUUGCGCCUGCGACACCUCUUGUCGGGGAUUCGCGAGAUUCCUUGUCCUCGAACGGUUCUUGGAUACGGAGAUUCUCUCUACGGCCGCUCUCUCAGCACGGUAGUUGUAGGUCGAGCGUCGGUCCUGAUUCACCAUCCAUAACUUUUUCUCACGGCUCUGGGGCGCCCAUCCUAUCGCCCGUGGGACAUCCGCCUCCUCAACCACCUCGGAAUAAAUUAGUUAAGCGUGCAUCGGCCGCCAACGGUGGGAAUACUGGGCUUUUGGUGCGGCGAGGAUCAAAGACACAGAUGACACUGCGCAGACCGGCUACGAGUCACCAACGAUCUGCUACAUUGCAUCAACAGAUCAACAGCGAAACGUUGCAACCAUUACCGGAUAUAACUCUCGAACAGUCUAAUCGGCCCAGGGCACAGACACUGGCCAGUCCUGUUGAGCCUAAUUUCGGUGCUAACAACAGGCCAUCGAGGUGGAAGUCAUUUUGGCAUUCUCGAAUAUCCCGAAGUUCGUUUAAAUUGUCACCACUGAGGGGCAACGACAGCGGCGCCGUACCUGGUAUAAAGCGAGUCUGCGUGGAGCAGCAAAGUCGUCGACGAGUCUACUUGGUGGUGCCAGGCUCUCUUGCCAUGGGCUCUUCCACUUUGGAGGUUCCAACCGGUGACCUUCCUGUGUCAGAAAACCAAUCUAACACUGACAGCAGUCCACAGCCGUCCAUCCAAUCUUCAGAAUCCUCCGAAGGCACCCCCGCUAAACAACCUCGACGUUCUAUUUCGAUGCACUUCAAUUCAAAUUCUACCUGGAUGCCGAAAUCUGGGAGUAUUAAACGACGUAAGCGUGGUGAGACCGUUAGCGAAACAAGACGACACGUAUCUGCCCCGGCUACAACAGGUGCAGACGCUACAAAUACGCACGAUAUGGCCGACCGCCGAGAAUUCGACCGCGCUGAGACCGAGCUAUCAGUAGUGCUUUAUCCAGCAACCCGCAAGAGAAAUACGUCAUCUCCUCUCCCGCCCAUAACGAGACUUUCAAGCUUCCAUAUUGAUUUGAACAAGUUUGGCUCAUUGUCACCAGGCUUGCAAACUCACUUUACCGAAUCAACAACCAAUACAGCAAUAACUCCAAGAACUGUUUCCAAUACGUCACAGGCUCGGACAUUGGACCGGGCUUCUACGACCGGCAGUUCUGAAUACUAUCGUGGAUUUACGUCGGGUGAUGAUGAUGACACGGAUUUCAAGACGACGGAUACGCCGUUUGACUCGAUACGAACGGCUGCGUCCGGAUGCCAAAGAGCUGCCGAUAGCCCGUUAGAAUCAAUGUUUGAAGAAUCACCUCCAAGUACUACCGGUCAUAACAGUAAGCCGAAAAGAUUAUCGAUUCAGGAUAUUUUAGGUCCGUCAUUUGAUGGCGGGAAUAAGAUCAUGGAGGAGGAUGAGGGUAUCGCUACGCCUGUUCGAGCAGGGUAUGGUGGACCUGAAUCGCGGUUCCUUUUGACGGAUAUUGGAAAUGGAGAUGGUUUUGACUCCGUGCUAGCCUCUCCUAAUUUCAUAACGCGCGGAGAUAAUACUCGAUUUUCCCUGGAUGACGACGACGAUCUCGAUUGGGAUAAGGAGGAUGAUGACGGAAUAUAUAACCACCUAUCUCCUCCCGGUUCGAUGAAUUCGCGAAAAGGUAGUCCGAAUCCCCGACCUCCAUUGACUAACAUCAAUGGUAAUGCAAGGACUGUGGCACGCACCGAUUCCAUGAGUGAGCGACCUAGGAGUACUGUCUUUGACUGGACCGAAUCGGUGACCUAUGGGGGAUACGCUGGCAAUGGUAGUUAUCUGCGACCCAAAACUGUCCAUGGUAAACAGGAAAUUGAUAUAAGAGGCGGGCGUUCCGCGAGUCGUAAGGGUCCCGUUCCCGCUCAUGUGAGAAGUCAAAGUGUUCCUGUCGUUCCAGAGUUGUCUGAGACCGCGACCUCAACUCCUAAGUUUGGAACUUGGGGGCUAGGCCAGAAGAACGCGAGCGAGGACUGGGACGAUGACUUCGAGUUCGAGGAAGAAAGUGGCGAUGGGUUAUUGUCUGGAAAGAAUGAAGAGUCAAAAGUUUCAAUGGUUGUACCUGCGUCGAUUCAGGCUACCCAGCCUACGAUCAAGGCUCACUCUGGACAGAUCAGGGAGCUUUCGCUCUUAGUUAACGAUUUAAAGAGAUUGUGUCGACUCGGUCGUGAGAUGGAUAUGCUUGGUGGCUCUUCGGUAAAGCUCUGGCGAGAGGCCGAGGGAAUCAUCGCCUUAGCAUCGCCCGACGAAGAUCCAGCAGAGGUUGUCGAUUCUAAGCCUGACACUUCUGACACCAGUAUACCAUUCGUCGACCAGGACUUUGAUGGGGCUUCUCAUGAUUCCAAUGAACCUGCCAAGGCAACAGAGAACCAACGGAAUGCUGUUGUUCGUGACCGUGCUGCUGGCCGUCGUCGAUCAGUCUUUUCCCCAGAGGAUGAUAUCUUCGGCACUUGGGAUCAUGCUGAUGAGGCGGCUCCUGAUCGACCAAAGACCCCGGAGAAUCUAGCCGCCAACCCCGAAUUCGGAUCAACCAGUGUUGCUAGAUCUGUUAUGGAAUCUAUGCAGCCUCGGCAUUCGAGAACAAACGCGGGCCGCGGAUCGUCCGGGAAGUUGAACUUUGACACAAAUAGUCUGAAAGAGCUGGUCAAGAGAGCAAGCGAUUUGAGAGACGGAUUAUCCGACCUCGUUCGCAAAGCAGACCACCUUACGCAGAGCCCUGCGCGGACUCCGAAGCAUACGAGAUCAGAUGGAAGCCCUGCAUUCACGCGAGUUUUUGAUGAUCCAACGUCUAGUCCUACAAGGCGAAUGCCCCAUAGCCAAAGCAGCACUUCGAUUCUUAGCAGCGGUUCAGUUGGGACAUCUCCGUCCAGUGGAUUGAACCAGCGCAUGCAGAUGAUGACUGUUAGCUGAAGCUCACAACAAGCCAUCCCACACUCGACACAUCUCCGACCCUCCCCGUUCUCGCGCCCUCGUGGUCUAAUUACAAUGGGAAACUGUAUAUGUGAAGACGCAUGUAUGAUUUGCAUAGCGUAUGGUCGGUUGUCAGUUUUUCUUUAUUGCAAAAUUACAUACAAAGGGGGACCUUGCCUUUCUGCUUAAUUACGUGGAGGAUACGCCAAAAC